CCCGAAAUUUUUUUUUUCUUUUACAACGUUGUGACAGCUUCUUGUGUCCGCUGUGCACCGUUGGGCUUUCAGUAACAAACACUAAAAGAAUUUUCGACGGCCGAAUAGCAAUCAGUAUACACAAUCAUGGCUAUUGCACGACCAAGCUUAUCCGAGCACACCAGAAUAUCAAGUCGAACAGAGAUUUUUGAAAGUGAGGAGGUCAUUGAGUCAAAUAUCGUGGAACAAGAUGCAGAGAAAAUGGAUGCACUCAUGAAGAGUCUCAUGGGAGGCUUAGUGGAAGAAGAGACAGCUGAACCGAUGGCAACGGACAGUGAACAUAAAGACGAAGAUGACGGUGCAGAUGCUGCUGCUUUCGCUUUUCGAUUAUUCUCUAGCAAACCGGUAUCAAGUAUUAGUAUUCGUGAACCAGAAGACACAACAGACAUGCUCGCGAAAUCAGUAGCCGAUCAGCAAAAGGUGGAUCAUGAUGAAGACGAUCCUGAAUUUGUGGCCUUAAUACAGGCUUCUGCCAUCAGUUACAAUGAUAUCCUCGACCAAUCCGGUUGGGCUUAUCCCGCAAUGCGACUGCCUCAUCGUGUGCUGCAUAUUUCUCAGGAGGAAUCGCCCGCCGCCGGAACGAAAGAAAAGAAGAAACGUAAAAGCAAAAAGUGCCGGGAUUUUGAGAAGGCGGUGCGUGAAGGAAGAAUCAAACUUAAACCGGCCAUGAGAAAUCCAGCAACACCCGGCGGAUGGCCUGGCUGGCCAGGUCAUCGAACGCCGUGUGCCAUUAUCACAGAUAUUACUUCCCAAUUGAAACGGCGGAAACGCGGUUCAGGUCCCAACAUGCGAGGUCGAGGUGCACCCAGAGGAGGAGGACGUGGAGCGGCUCGAGGAUCAGGCAGAGGGAACGGAAGAGGCCGACCUUUCCAACGGCAUUAAUUUGGUGAUUGUUUCAAUUUUUUCCCUUUUCUUUUGCAAUAUCAUCAAAUACAAUUGUAAUAUAAUAUACUCAUGAUGAACAAAGCAGUCGUCAUCCCCCCUGUCAAACAAGAGCAUCAUUUUUCUUUGCACACAGAGAACAGCAAAUAAACAUGAACAACCACGCAUUUGCAGUCAGAAC